CACCUCUAGCUGACGGCCAUACUUGAAAAUACAUUUUUUUCUGCAAAGUUUGUCAUUGUCACCGUGUGAAUGGAAUCUGGGAUGCGUUGUGGAAUUAAAAGCGUGCAGUAAACGACCCGUAAUGGUUCAAGUGCCCAACGCGUCGGCGAAUGCAGUGCGAAUAACUAUGAAUUGAUACGAAAGUUGCAUAACACGUCGCCUGGUGUCGCGGUUAGUGUGUUUUUCGUCUCGUUUCGUUUCCGCCGCAGUCGCAAUUUCCAGAAAACCUCACCACGCACACACACACACACGCAGAUACGGAGUGGAUAUAGCCCCUCGUUCCGAACCCAAAUUGGAGUCCCAGUCCCCAAAAACGAUAUCGAGUGUGGCGUAGCCAAUGUGCUGUGCGAUCCCCGCUGCCCCCUCCGUACCGCCGCCAUCCCCGCCACUGGAACAACGCACACGGUUACGGAUACGGAUACCAAUACCAAUACCAAUACCAGCGCACUGCAGCACGGCCGACAAAGAAAGAGCGCUCUCUCUUCCUCUUUGUACAGUUAGUUCCUACGGCUGAAUCAAAUCAGCCAGCGGAAUUGGCAGCCAAUCCUGAGGCGCAGGUUGCAUGUGAAAUCCCUCUCGGAAAAUGAGUCUCCUGGCCACACCAAUGCCCACGGCGGCCACCGCCUCAUCAUCCUCCUCAUCGGCAGCCGCCUCCGCCAGUGGGAUUCCGCCCAGUUCCAACAACAACCUGCCAUUUGAGAAGGACAAGAUCUGGUACUUCAGCAACGAGCAGCUGGCCAAUUCGCCCAGUCGACGAUGUGGCAUCAAGGGCGACGAUGAGCUGCAGUACCGCCAGAUGACCGCCUACCUGAUCCAGGAGAUGGGCCAGCGGCUGCAGGUCUCCCAGCUGUGCAUCAACACGGCCAUUGUGUACAUGCAUCGCUUCUACGCCUUCCACUCGUUCACCCACUUUCAUCGCAACUCCAUGGCGUCGGCGAGUCUCUUUCUGGCCGCCAAGGUGGAGGAGCAGCCGCGCAAGCUGGAGCAUGUCAUACGGGCCGCCAACAAGUGCCUGCCGCCGACCACCGAGCAGAACUACGCCGAUCUCGCCCAGGAGCUUGUCUUCAACGAGAACGUGCUGCUGCAGACGCUGGGCUUCGAUGUGGCCAUCGAUCAUCCGCACACGCAUGUGGUGCGCACCUGCCAGCUGGUCAAAGCAUGCAAGGAUCUGGCGCAGACCUCGUACUUCUUGGCCUCAAACAGCCUGCAUCUGACCUCGAUGUGCCUGCAAUACCGCCCUACUGUGGUGGCCUGCUUCUGCAUUUACCUGGCCUGCAAGUGGUCCCGCUGGGAGAUCCCCCAGUCGACCGAGGGCAAGCACUGGUUCUACUACGUGGACAAGAGCGUCUCGCUGGAUCUGCUGAAGCAGCUGACCGAUGAGUUCAUCGCCAUCUACGAGAAGAGUCCGGCCCGCCUCAAGUCCAAGCUCAACUCGAUCAAGGCGAUCGCCCAGGGGGCCAGCAAUCGGACGGCCAACAGCAAGGACAAGCCCAAGGAGGACUGGAAGAUCGCCGAGAUGAUGAAGGGCUAUCACUCGAACAUCACACCGCCGCCGGAGCUGCUCAACGGCAACGACAAUCGGGAGCGGGAUCGGGAUCGGGAACGGGACAGGGAGCGAGAGCGGGAUCAGUCGUCGCUACUGCCGCCACCGGCGAUGGUGCCGCAGCAGAGACGUCAGGAUGGCAGCCAUCAGCGCUCGUCCUCGGUGGGCGGUGUGCCCGGCAGCAGCUCCUCGUCGUCUUCCUCCAAUCACAAGUUGCCAAAUUACCCUGGUGGCAUGCCGCCUGAAGCGCAUCCUGAUCACAAAUCCAAGCAGCCGGGCUACAGCAAUCGCCUGCCCUCCAGUCACCAGCGUAGCAGUAGCAGCGGACUCAGUUCCUCGGGAAGCAGCGGCCAGCGCAGCAGCUCGUCCUCGUCAUCGUCGAGCCAGCAGCCUGGCCGACCGUCUAUGCCCGUGGACUAUCACAAGUCCUCGCGCGGCAUGCCGCCGGUGGGCGUGGGCAUGCCGCCGCACGGCAGCCACAAGAUGGCUUCGAGCUCCAAGCCUCAGCCGCCGCAGCAGCAGCCGCCGGCCCCUCAUCCAUCCGCCUCCAACUCAUCUGCAUCGGGAAUGUCCUCCAAGGACAAGUCCCAGAGCAGCAAGAUGUAUCCGAACGCUCCGCCACCGUACAGCAAUAGUGCUCCCACUAACCCUUUGAUGUCGCGUGGCGGAUAUCCCGGCUCCAGCAACGGAUCCCAGCCACCGCCUCCAGCCGGAUAUGGCGGGCAUCGCAGCAAAUCCGGCUCCACCGUCCACGGCAUGCCGCCCUUCGAGCAGCAGUUGCCCUAUCCCCAGAGCCAGAGCUACGGUCACAUGCAGCAGCCGGUGGCACAGCCUCAACAGCAACAAUUGCCCGCUGAGGCACCGCCUCACUCUUCACAGUCCAAGAACUCGCUCUUCAGUCCCGAGUGGCCGGACAUCAAGAAGGAGCCGAUGUCGCAGACGCAGCCGCCGCCCUUCAAUGGACUGCUACCACCUCCGGCGCCGCCGGGUCUUGACUACAAGCUGAACAGCCAUCCGCGCGACAAGGAAAGUCCCAAGAAGGAACGUCUCACGCCCACCAAAAAGGACAAGCACCGUCCUGCCAUGCCGAUGGGCAGUGGCAGUGGGAGCAGCUCCUCCGCCUCGGGAUCAUCGAAGCCCAUGCUGCCGCCUCACAAGAAACAGUUGCCCCAUGGCGGGGAUUUGCUGGCCAACUCCGGCGAGAGCGGCAGCCUGAAGCGGGCCAACGAGAUCUCGGGGAGCCAGUACGGUCUGAAUAAGCUGGAUGAGUUGGACAGCGGAAGUUUGCCACGCGAGAAGCUGCGCAAGCUGGACAACAACACUGGCCUGCCGACUUAUCCCAGCUACGAGGAGAAGCACACGCCUUUGAACAUGUCCAAUGGGAUUGAGACCACGCCGGAUCUGGUGCGCAGUUUGCUGAAGGAGAGCCUGUGUCCGUCGAACGCCUCGCUCCUGAAACCGGAUGCCUUGACCAUGCCCGGCCUUAAACCUCCGGCCGAGCUGCUGGAGCCCAUGCCCGCGCCGGCGACCAUUAAGAAGGAGCCGGGCGUCACUCCCAUGACCAAUUUGGCAGGUGGCCCCGCACCCAUGGACCUGGAAGUACCCACCAAACUGGCCGGGGAGAUCAAGGAGGAAAGUAGCAGUAAGUCGGAGAAGAAAAAGAAGAAGGACAAGCACAAACACAAGGAGAAGGACAAGUCCAAGGACAAGACGGAGAAGGAGGAGCGCAAGAAGCAUAAGAAGGACAAGCAGAAGGAUCGCAGCAGCAGCACCGGCGGCAGCAAGGACAGCUCACUGGCCAAUGAGCCCCUGAAGAUGGUGAUCAAGAAUCCCAACGGCAGCCUCCAGUCUGGUACUUCAGCGCCCAUUAAGCUCAAGAUCAGCAAGAACAAGGUUGAGCCCAAUAACUACUCUGCGGCGGCCGGUUUGCCGGGAGCCAUUGGCUAUGGAUUGCCCCCCGCAACCAGCACCACGUCCUCCUCCGCAACCGGAGCAGGUGCCGCACCAGCACUGCCGCCUACCUACGCCGGUGCCGGUGGAGGCUAUAGCUCCUCGAGCGGCAGCAGCUCCGGCGGUAGCAGCAAGAAGAAGCACAGCGAUCGGGACCGCGACAAGGAGAGCAAGAAGAGCAAGGGCCAGGACUAUGCGAAAUACAAUGGAGCUGCCGGCGGCGUCUUUGCUCCCCUUGGCGGUGCUGGCGCCGUACCCAAUGUGACCGGAGGAAUGGGCGCACCGCUGGCCACAUCCGCACCACCAUCCAUGCUGUUGGCCCCCUCCAGCGCUUUACCGCCCUCGGCCGCCGGACUGGCACCGCCGCCCCUGCCCGUCUACAACAAGAAGUAGUGGUAGCGGGUAGUCAGCGGAUUAGCCCUUAAGUCGCUCUUUUUUUGAUAUAUGUAUAGAACCUCAGUAAGUCCGAUUGUAGGCUAGUUGUUAGGAUUGUUGGUGAGACACACACUUUUGAUUCACUUUAGUUAAGCGCAAUGCUAAGACUCUGAAUAGCGAGUCGAAUCGAGGGGAGAGCAGAGAAGAGCAGAGAAGAGGAGUUCGCGAUGGGGCUGAACGUGAACGCAAAACUCAAAAAGCGAUAACUUUUGUACAGCAUUAAUUAAUUUAUAAUUAUAAUAAAUAGCAUACACAUACGCCCAUAUACAUAAAACAAAACACAAAACAAAACACGCAGACUAGUUGUAAGCAAGUUGUUGGCGAACGGAAUCCGAGACACAGGCAGAAUAUUCACAGAGAGCAGAAAUGGCCGUCUAGCAUUUAAGUUAGCAAAUCAAAUACCCGUAACACACACUGUAAGCUGUAUAUAGCCACUCACAAACACAAACACACACUCACACAAAACGAGAGAUAUAUAGAACCGACUUCCGCUUAGCAAAUAUAUUGUACUAAAUACGGCCCCAACUAAACGCGAAUGCAAGCCACACAGAGUAAGAACUUCAAAAUAGUCCACACGGAGCACAUAGGCGGACACAUAGUUGUUGGAGAGGAGAGGAGCGGAGAGGAGAAAGAAAGCCAGCGCUUUGAUUCAAAAUUGAAGACGCCAAACUACAUGAUACAUUAUUUAAUUAAAAACAUAGUUGCUAAUCAGAAUAUGAAUGAAGAAGUUUAUCUUUAGUUAGCAAAGUUUUUCUUUCCUUUUUGAACAAUUGCCCCGUUUACCAACCGAUUUCCAAAUUAGUUUUCUCAAACCUAGCAAUAUAUACAUACAGUAGUGUAUUUUCAAUGAAGAUAUCUUAAAAGAUUCGAUUGUUUCAGCGGAGGAUAUUAUGUUUCAAGAUCGCCUGGAACGUUGACGUAGCUUUCAUUUGUUUUUAAUUUAUUUUUUAGAAAUAGAAUUACGAAACAAAUUACCACAAAAAAACAACCAACCAAACAAAAACAAAC